UGAGAGAGAGAGAGUGUGUGUGCGCGCGUGAGAGAGAGAGUGUGUAUUGGCUCAGAGUCUGUGUUGUGUUGCAGGCAGGAGGAAAGGCAGGUAAAGACAGUGGCAAGGCCAAGGCAAAAGCAGUGUCUCGCUCACAAAGGGCCGGACUUCAGUUCCCAGUGGGCCGUAUCCACCGGCACUUGAAGACCCGCACUACAAGCCAUGGUCGUGUGGGAGCGACAGCAGCCGUCUACAGCGCAGCCAUCCUGGAGUAUCUCACAGCCGAAGUUUUGGAGUUGGCAGGAAACGCUUCAAAAGAUCUGAAGGUGAAGCGCAUCACCCCUCGCCAUCUACAGCUGGCCAUUCGUGGAGACGAGGAGCUGGACUCGCUCAUCAAGGCCACCAUCGCUGGUGGAGGUGUGAUUCCGCACAUCCACAAGUCCCUGAUCGGUAAGAAGGGCCAGCAGAAGACCGUGUAGUUCCCGCUGGGGUCGCUGUGGACUCAAGGACUUGCGUUUGGGAUGUGACCAGAUCGGCUCGUUCAUUCAUUCAGUCAUGCGUUUUUUUUUUUUAAGUU